AUGGCGCCCAAAAAAGGCUCUGCAUCAGGCAAGAAUGUUGAGUCCAAGAAAUCGGCUCCCUCAGUUCCAGACAGCGAUCAUAUCGUGUUCAGCAAUCAGCAAAAUGACAAGAAUAAGAGAGAUCCAAAAAAAGCCGAAGGUCCGCCCCGCCCAGAUGCCAGAAAAGUCAUAGGAGGCGCGUCGUGGACGGGCAAACUGCCAGUGAAUAUGUUAUCAGAGCAUUGCCAACGGCAGAAAUGGAACAAGCCGGAGUAUUUUGGACGUCAAAUAUCCACAGGCAACAACGGGGAAAAUUUGCACAGGUUUUGGGUGGUACUGUCGAAAACCGAUCCAAAAACAAGAGAGAUAACGAAACUUCCUCCUUUUCAACUGCCCGCGACCGAAGCCCAUCUAGCAGAUCGACCGUCUGCCCUUGAGGCACGGCACUUUGCAGCGGCAUAUGCACUUUUUCGGACAUGCAGUAUGAAGAAUUUAGCAAUGGCAUUGCCUCCAACGUAUCGAGAUCUCUGGAAAGGUGAAUUCCAACGACUGAAAGAAGAAGAUCUCAGGGAGGACCGAGCGUGGAAAUAUGAUGCGGAUCCUUUCGCUGCAGAAGCCAAGAGAAAAGAAAUCAAAGCUGUCAUGGAAAAGAAAAAACAAGAUCAGGCGUUGAAGACAACUAAAAUUGAGCCUCGAAGCUUUGUGAAUCCAGGAGCGAGCACUGCCAAUAGCAAGUCGUGGGAUCGAGCACCCAAGCUUGAACUUGGACAGAAUGUCCGCAUGCGUAUCGAAUCAAUGAUAAGAACGCGAGGCGUGUGGAACCAGAACGCUCAGAAAAUUUCGGAGGGAGAGAGAAGCUCAAUCUUGUCCGAUUUAUCAAAGUCUGGAUUUCAGUGUAGUCAUGUGGAGGAAGCACUGGACCAUUGUGGAUCUCGAGAGGAAGUAUUAGAGUGGUUACUCAUCCACGUACCCGAGGAUUCGCUGCCCGCAUGGAGUUUUCCACCAGGCUACAAUGCUGGCAUACUCCUCGUUACAAGCGACCUAGCCACUGAUGCUAAAAUAAAGAGAUUGGCGGAAGCGGGAUACCCCAGUCAACUGUGCAUUCAAGCUCUGCGCGACAACGAUGGAGACGCAGCGUUGGCAUCUGAAGCGCUUCAGCUGAAACUUGUGUCUCCCCAACUUGACGACCCGAAAAACUCCACAACAGAGACAGACAUUUGGGCAGAAGAAAUGACGGCUUUGAAAGCUAUUCUCGAUGAAAGAUUCACUGCUGAUGGUCCUGAUUGUUGCGUCAUCAAAACAGACCCGACUUCGGCCAUUUCUGCCACCUUUCGCUUUCAACGUCCUUCUUCUGGUUAUCCAAGUUCAUUGCCACCUAUCAUUUCAAUCCGAGCACCCGAAUUACCAAGCUACGUUCGUCUUAGUAUUGUAAAAGGCGCUGUCAAUUAUGCUCAGGAAAAUCUACUCGGCGACUCCAUGAUCUUCAGAUUACUGGAGUGGCUCGACAACUCUGUGCCAGCUAUUAUUGAAAGUCCUGGCAAGCUUAGUGAUUUACAGAUUGCGUCCCCUUCAUUCAAAGUGCGACAACCUUCGACCGUGGAGUUUGAAGGGCAAAGUCCUUCCGAUUCAUCCAAAUUAAGAGAAAGAAGCUAUCCAAAAGAUACCAGAUCUGACAAAACAAUUUUCGAGGCUUGGAAAGCCCGACAAUGUUCAGAAGCACAGGAGAAAAUGAACUCAAUGAGGCAGAACUUACCGGCAUGGUCCAAAAAGGAUACCAUUGUAGAAGUGGUAAAGAAAGCUCAAGUCACGCUGAUCACUGGUGAGACGGGCUCUGGAAAGAGUACGCAGGCAAUUCAAUUCAUCCUGGACGAAGCUAUCCAGAACAUGCAAGGCUCCUCGACGAAUAUGCUAUGCACACAGCCAAGGAGAGUAGCAGCGUUGUCACUCUCAGAACGCGUCAGUGCAGAGAGAUGCGUAAAAGAGGGUGAUGAAGGUUUUGAGAGAACAUCAGUCGGAUACAGUGUCAGGGGCUAUUCGAAAGUGUCUUCAAAGACCAAAAUUACGUUCAUGACAACUGGGGUUCUCCUUCGGCGCUUGCAAGGCUCAAAAACCGUCAAAUCGGCGUUAGCGAAUGUUAGUCAUGUUUUCGUCGAUGAAGUCCAUGAACGUUCUCUCGACACGGAUUUCCUCCUGGCUCUCUUACGCGAUGCGGUGUCAUCGCUCCCUAAGCUCAAGGUUGUCCUGAUGAGUGCAACCCUGAAUGCAGAUAUUUUUGCCAAUUACUUUGGCGGCGAGAUUGUCGGUAGAGUACAUAUCGAAGGGCGUACUUUUCCGGUUCAAGACUACUAUCUCGAUGAUGUUGUCCGCCUGGUGGAAAAGGAAAAGGAGACGGCCCCUGAACUUGCCAAAGAUCUCCCUUCAUCUGAAAUUGGAAAGGCAAUCCAGAACUUGGGAAUUGGUAUCAAUUACCAAUUGAUUGCCUCACUUAUACAGAUCAUUGAUGGGGAGUUGGGAGAUACAACUGGGGGCAUAUUGAUCUUCAUGCCUGGCACUUUGGAAAUAGAUCGCUGUUUGAGGACAUUGAAUGAAUCGCCAAGGAUCCACGGUCUGCCUUUACACGCCUCGCUAACGCCUACUGAACAGCGACAAGUAUUUAGACGGGCCCCAUCCGGUAAACGAAAAGUCGUGGUGGCAACGAACGUUGCGGAGACCUCUAUCACGAUUGAGGAUAUUGUGGCUGUUAUCGACUCUGGAAAAGUCAAAGAGACCGACUACGACCCAGCCUUUAAUACUGUCCGACUCGAGGAAGUUUGGGUAUCGCAAGCUGCUUGCAAGCAGCGACGCGGUCGUGCUGGUCGAGUUCAAGCAGGCAAGUACUACAAGCUGUUCACGAGAAGUAUCGAAGUCCAGAUGGCAGCGACCGCUGCACCAGAGAUGCAUCGGACACCAUUGGAGCAGCUAUGCCUUUCUGUGAAAGCGACAGGUUCGGAUCGCAAUGUCGAAGAAUUCUUGGCCAGCACUAUCUCUCCUCCAAACAAUCGAGCUGUGGCCAAUGCAAUGAGGGUUCUACACCGGAUGGGAGCGUUGGAAAACGACCGCUUGACAGGCCUUGGAAUGUAUUUGGCUAUGAUCCCAGCGGACCUUCGAUGCGCCAAGCUCCUGGUCUACGGAGUGUUGUUUGACUGUGUAGAGCCAUGUCUGACGAUCGCGGCCAUUCUAACUACCAAAAGCCCCUUUGUGUCACCACGAGAAAAAAGAGACGAAGCAAAAGAGGCGUGGUCAUCUUUUUACACCGCCGGUGGAGAUCUGAUCUUGGCCAGUACCGCAUUCGAGCAAUGGCGAAUUCAAUCUUCCACGAUGCAUUACAACGAUAUCCAGGAUUGGUGCUCGGCCAGAUUUCUAUCGCACCAGACUCUUCGUGACAUCGACUCAACUCGACGCCAACUGCUCGACUCUUUGAUAGAAACCGGUCUCUUAGCAACCACUUAUGCAACCGACUCUUCUAGAUAUAACCGCCGGAAAGGCAACACCAUGCUCAUGCGCGCCCUUAUCGCCGGUGCAUUGAACCCACAGAUCGCGCGGAUCCAGAUGCCGGACAAGAAAUAUAUCGCGUCGAUGACGGGCGCGAAGGAACUCGAACCGGAAGCCAGAACUGUAAAGUAUUUCAUCGAAGAAAAUGGGAGGGUCUUCGUCCACCCAAGCAGCAUACUCUUCGAUGCUCAAGGUUUCUCCGGCGCAGCAGCCUUUCUGAGCUAUUUUACAAAAAUGGAGACGAGCAAAACUUUUAUUCGGGAUCUCACGCCCUUGAACGCUUAUUCGCUGCUCCUGUUCGGCGGGCCAAUUGAGAUCGACACUUCCGGCGCUGGAAUCCUCGUAGAUGGAUGGUUGAGGCUGAGAGGUUGGGCGAGGAUUGGGAUCCUCGCAUCAAGAUUGAGGACGCUGUUGGACGAUGAACUGCGGAAGCGCAUCGACUCCUCUAAUGAUGUGAAGGACGAUGGCGAGCUCUUUGAUAUUGUCCAGCACCUUGUCGAGUUGAACGGCCAGGAUAAAUAA